AUGUGCGGGAAGCCCAAGGUGAUAGGGAAGGUGUACGGUGGCCACGAUGCAGUGGCUGGCCAGUGGCCAUGGAAGGCCAGCCUGCUCUACCAGGGCUGGCACCUCUGCGGAGCUGUCCUCAUUGACUCCUACUGGCUACUUUCCACUGCCCACUGCUUUCUCAACACAUCCCAGGCACCACAGGACUACCAGGCCCAAUUUGGGAACACCCAGCUGUACCAGCAAACCCAGUACACCCAGAAGAUGCCUGUGAACAAGAUUAUCCCACAUCCAGACUUUGAGAAGUUCUAUGCCUUUGGGAGUGACAUAGCCAUGUUGAAGCUGCUCCUGCCUGUGAACAUCACACCCUAUGUCAUUCCUGCCUGCCUCCCUCCUGCAGACAUGCAGAUGCCCACUCACACGUCCUGUUGGAUAACUGGCUGGGGAAGGCUCUCUGAGAAGACACCACUGCUACCACCCUACUCUCUCCAGGAAGCUAAGGUGAACCUUGUGGAGAGCACAUUCUGCAAUACCAUCUAUGGGCAGACAACUGGAAAAGGCAAGGACUACUCUGUGCAUGAAGAGAUGCUGUGUGCAGGGGAAUUCUCAGCAGGAAAGGCUAUCUGCCAAGGUGAUUCUGGGAGUCCUCUUGUCUGCUAUGGCUCCAAUGCCUGGGUCCCAGUAGGGCUGGUCAGCUGGGGCCUGGACUGCUGGCAUCCUGUCUACCCCAGCGUCUUCACCAGGGUCGCCUACUUCAUUGACUGGAUCAAUGAAGUCAGGAGGCUGAGUCCUCCACCAGACCCUCCUCCCAUAGACAUUCCACGAAAGCCUCUGAGGGCUUCUGGCUCACUCCAGUCCUACAGCACCCUCGUGAGCUCACAGACCUGGCUCCUCCUGCCAUUUAUCCUCAAGAUUCAGCUGGCUGGUGCUGGGGGCCUGGGCAUCAUCCAUCCUGGCCUGCAGAUCGCCAUUUUGGACUAUCCAUCUUCUGAACAAGUCUUAAACGAAAUACAAAACAAGACCACCGAUGCCUCGCUCAGGAAGUACUUGGAGGACUUUCAGGACAUGGAGGAGGCCAUGGUCAUCACUGGCCACCAGACCUGCAAGUUCCAUGGCUACGGCUUCACGACCAUGGCUGACUGGGCAGCAGCUGAGAGGGUUGUGAAGACCCCAACCCAAUCAUUGAUGGGCGGAAGGCCAACCUCAUUAUUUCCCACAGUCUUCAUUUAUGUCGUUGGUAUUAGAUCUGGAGGGCUUCUUUCUUUUUACUUUCUUCCUUGA